AAAAGAUGUGUCUUCUUGGACCUUGAUGUCUGCUUUCAAGUCUGCUAUCGCAGGCCGCUCAGAACUCAUUCGUGCCAGUUCCUGAGCCACACUGGGUGGUCAGUGACCUGUGGGCAUGAAUGAAAUGAUUCGGAGGGCCUACGAAUGCAAAAUAGGCAGGUCCCAAUCUCAUUUCCUCAGCGAUAUUUCCAUAUUUUUCCAAGCAAGGUCAGCAGAUAAGGUUUGUCGACUGGGACAUAUAGUGCCCGACCCCAAGUCAGGUGUCGAGUCUUGACUCUGAAGCUUUGCAGAUGGAUGAUGUCCUCCCGGUGAUCACCUCGGCAGGAAAGUUGCCCCGAAAGGCACUCGAUCCGGUCGUGGUUGAGUCCAACAACGCGAUCGUUCUUCGCGAACAUGUUGUUCAAUGUUGGCAACCUCUUAGCCCGGGAAGGAUUCGCAACGGAUGCUUGUCGUUAUUCGAGCCAGGAUACCCGACUGGAAUCCUCCCUCAAUAUCGCUGAA